UCCCGGAUUUUUCUCUCGUUUACCACAAUACUUCCGGCACUCACAGUUCGACAGAGUUUCAAGUCGGGAGACCAACCUUCCGUUUUCCAUCGCAGCUUCGUCGUAGUAGGAAGACUCGAAAUACGGGGCAUUGUUCAUUGUUCCUUUGUGCACGUGUUCGAAAAGAAAUUAUCCUCAAACCGGUUUAAAAAGGACAUAUUUUCAUUAAUAUCCUGAAAUACCUAAAAAAUCGAAUUCACUCGAAAGACAAACAAUUUUUUUCGUUUCGCAUAAUCGUUAACAUUUUUUCGCUCGAAUAGAUCGUUUUUUAUUUCUGUAUGAAGCAAUGACAUACCAGGAACCAACGUUAGGCAAUCGCAGAGAUGACGAUCUCUACACGAUUUACGUGAACAACUUGCCCGCAGAAUUGAACGAGGAUGGAAUUGCCCAAAUUUUCAAUACUUAUGGCAAAGUGUGUGAUCUUUUCACACCUUCCAAUGGCCAAUGGGCUUACAUCAGUUACAAGUCGUACAAAGAAGCGGAACAUGCCAUCCGAUCGCUCAACGAACAAAGUCCUCUUUACUUGAAUGUUGCGUUUCGAAAAAAAGCUUCGAAACCCGCAAAUAAAAACCCUCCUCCUCCGGCUCAGGAGAAUGGCACAUCUAUAGAUCAAAGAGAAAGCAGAUACAUUGAGAACAUACAACCCCCCGAAGACAAUGGUCAGUAUCCUAAGAUGGUACCCCAGCUUUUGGCAAUGAAGAUGGCUAAUUUGUGCCAUGACCCUAGCGUGGAUAUGAAUUCAGUUUACCCAACUGAGUUAGACCAUAACUUCUACAAUCCCUUUGAGCAGCCAGGCCGUUAUGCCAGCACAAACGCUAUGUGGUCCAGGGGCUGUGUAAGCAUCGACGAAUACGGCAGAAGAUCUGUUACCAGAGGUCGCGGAUAUACGAAUUAUCCAGUUGCUGAGGUCCCCUAUGUCCCCAUUCAUAACCCACUUGAACGAGUCUACGAGAACCGACGACCAGGUUAUUAUCAGUACGGGAACGACAGAUUAGAGCAUGGAAUAGGCAAGUGUCAAUUUUGCCUUCACUCUGCGAAACUUCGAUGCGCGAGAUGCGACGCUUACUAUUGUUCUCAAAAAUGUCAACUUCGAGAUUGGCCGCAUCACAGAAUGGAGUGUGUUAAAAUUCCGCCUCUCAUUGACGAUUCGGUCACACCAAUUCCGCAGACGCCUGAAGUCGCCCGAGUCGUUACGUACGUUCCGCAAGAUGAGCCGGCACCCAUACCGCGAAAACCUCGUGCAACGAUAGAUAUCGGUACGCUCGGAGGACUUCGUCGUCCUAGGAAGUUUGGAACAAGAAAUUCCGUCGAUCCACUUAGUAUGGAAGAACAAGGGAAAAUUCCGCAAGUAAUUGGCAACGGUAAUAGCAGUGUCGCGCAGCUCGAAAAUGUUCCCACCGAAGGUACUCCCAUAGAGGAAACUGUACAAAGUUCAGAACCAUCCAAGUACGGCAGCAGUAACCACCAAGAACAAAAAGAGCACAAAUCCGUAGAGGUCGAUACGAACAAAAAGAUUUCUACAGAUCCCGGGAAAGUUGAUCGCAAAAAUGUACCGGCAAAUAAUCCAUCGAUAAAAACGUGUGCCAAGACCGCCAACGGAAAUGCGUUGAACUGCUCGAUCAAUAAAUCCAUAACGGAUUAUGAAAAAACUGAGCGUGAUCUUGCCUUUAAAAAAGAUGUUCGAGUUCCAGCAAAGUUGAACAAUCCAGCAGUGACACCGACACCGGUUGAAAAACCACACAUCGAACAAUGCAACGCUAAAUCAAUCGUUCAAAGAACCAAGACAACCAGCUGUAUUUCACGAGAUAAAUUCGAAGAUGUUCGCGUUGUCUUUACCUUACCGGAUAAGACUUUCUGGGUCAACAAAUGUGAAGAUGUAAUGAAACUUGAAUCAUUAAUGUUGGGACUGACCACGAAGGCUGUUAAUUAUCCUAAAGCUGAGAAUAUCAUUGUUGGCGAGAUGUAUGCCGUCCAAUACGAAGGACUUUGGCACCGAGCUGUGGUUCUAUCCAAGACACCGGAUUUGAUAAUAUCAUACGUUGAUUUUGGCAACGAAGAACCCCCGCAAUCCCAUGAUUUUCGUUUGUUAAUGGAUUUCAUUGAUUGUCCCAAUUUAGCACUUCGUUUGCGCUUGUCGCCAAAUUCUGACCACAAGGAUCUCUCUCCGGACGAGGUCUUAUCCGUAAAAAUGAUUGGCGUUAACGAACAAGGCAUUAUCGACGUAAUCGAUCACGAAGAGACACUUUCACCACCACCAAAAACUGAACCGAGUUCGACCCUCGAACAAGUUGUCCAAAAGGAUAUUGCUGAGCCAAUGAAAAUUCCUGAUACCGCGGCAGUACGAGUUACCGAAAAAUCAGUUUCAAAUUUGGCUACAGCGAUCGAUUGCCUGAAAGCAAACGGCGAUGGCUACCUGCAAGUCUACGUAGCCCUCGACCACACUCGUUACGCCGUCGGCGUUUUGUCCCCUGAUUUAAUGGUUGAAUACGAGAUGAUCUACGAAAAAUUAACAGACGUUUGUAACCAGAGUGAAAAACUUCGAAAUUUUAGUCCGGAAAUCGGUUCUUUCGUUUGCGGCAAACGCGGUGACGUUUGGUUACGCGGUCACGUGGUCUCUCUCGGCCCACCGAUUCGUUUGUCUCUCGUUGAUGAAGCAAGAGUCUCGCAGGUGGAGGAAAUAGUUCCAAUGCCUCACGAAUAUGAGAAAAUUCGUUGCUUCGGCUCGAUUGUUACCCUUGAAAACGCCAAUUUGAAGUUCGCCGAUAACGAAACUGCACAAUUUACAAUAACCGAAAUUACAAACGAGGGAAACGAAAGAAUCGUAAAAGGAAUUCUCUCAGUGCCGGAACACAUGAAAGGCACGAGGUUCUCCAUGAGAAAUUGGAAACCUACACCCGAACAAAUGGGCAUCGCCGUUGAUGAACUCAAAAACAACUGCGAGGUUUACAUCUCAGCCUACCGAAACGAAAGAUCUCUCUACGUCCGUUCUCUCGAUGUCCAAUCUCUGGAACACUGUCAGCGUAUAACUCAAAAUAUUGCCAAAUGGGCUCAAAAAGCUCCCAAACUCGAGCAACCUCCGAUAAUCGGUCAAUGUGUGAUUGCCAAAUUCGUCGAUGGUAAUUACUACCGAGCCAUCGUCACCAAAGUCCACGAUGGUAAAAUUGAAGUUUCCUACGUCGAUUUUGGCAAUAACGAAACGACAACAAUCGAGCAACUGAGAGUGAUAUCGGACGAACUGAAACAGCCAAAAUCUUGCGCCUGGCAAGUUCUUUUGAAGGACAUUACCGAGGGUGUACCACCGACUAAAGAAGUUCAUCAAUACUUGGAUGUCUUGGUUGGCACGGAACAACCGUUGAUUUGCAGUUUUGAAGGAAUUCCAUCCAAAGAUGGAGUUGUAUUGACUGCAGCAAACGGCGAGUGCGUCAACGAAAAAGUAAACACGUAUCUAAAGCCGAACUGGCAGCGGGAAGAUCCCUCCAAAAAUCUCGAGUGUUUCAUGAUUGAUAAUCUCGAAGUCGCUCCUCUCGGAGAAGUAGGCCAGACCGUAAAGGUUCUGCCUCUCUUCGCGCCUGAGCCGCCUUUCAAAUAUGUCAUGGCUCCGUUCGACCAGGAACUCAUAACUCACAUAACAGGAAUAAUGCCUGGAUCGCUCCAAAAAUAUUGCGAAUCAACGGAAGCUCAUUACAUUCCGAGGGCGGAAGAGCUUUGUCUGGCCGUCUGGGAUGGUGCUUGGUAUCGUGGGGUUUGUUUGAAUCGUAGCGAAACACCAACUCAAGCGCUCAUCUAUUUCGUCGACUAUGGAAAUACGGCCGUUGUGAAUCAUAAGAAUAUUAGACAAAUGACCAAAGAUUUUAUGUCUCCAGCCGCUUUAGGCAUUUCCUGCGUUGUCAAAAAUCUCGGAGUACCUGUGGUGAAUGGACGAGUACCGGGAAACAUAAUGGAAAGACUCGAACAGCUUGUACCGGUUAACGGUCUCGUUGAAGUGAAAAUACUGAGAAAAGCUUCGCCGGACGACCAAGUUCCAUUACCUGGCGAUUACGAGAUCGAACUACCGACUGUGCGAGCUCAGCUGGUAGCGGAAGGCCUCGUUAAAUAAUCAAUAGAACGAGCCAGUUUUUUACUUUGAAAUAUUGACCAAUUCGAUCAUUGAAGUUUUUUUAUUUUUUUAUAUCUGACAAGAAGUGACCACACCGAAGUAAUCAUUUUGCCGAACUCAUUAAUUUUACCGAAAAACUACUUAUCACAAAAAAGUGGCUUGAAACGGCUCAAUUAAGUUUCUAUUUAUUUAAAUUUUUUUCUUCCAAUGUAGUUCCGCAAAACUUCAUGACACAUACUUUAGAAAAGUAUGAACGAUGCAGGAGUUUUUAUAUUUUUGGUAGGAAACGGAAUUUUACGCUUGUUGCGUUUCAAAAAUGGCACUGACAGCUUUUAGUUCAUUUACGGAGAAAUAUUAUUAUUUUAGUGUAGGUCCAGUGCUGAAAACAAGAUAUUUUUUUGUUUUUGUUUUUUUUUUUAAGUUCCUACGAAGUUAAGAGGGAAAUGAGUUACCCAAUACAAAAUUCACAAAGUCAAGAGAAUAUCAUGAGGUAUUUGAAAGAAGAAAUAAAACUAAAGAUUUUAUCGAUGAAAUGCCGAAAUCUCUAAUCGAAUUCGAUCAUUUGGCUACAAACACAAGCCUGGGGAAAGACUGGCAUUUCAAUGAUGAAAAAAAUAUUUUUUUACGUAUGACUAAGUGAAAAAAAGAUAGUGUAAUCUCGAUUUAAUAUAGAUUAAUAGAAGUAUUGAGUUGUUAACGAAUCAAUGGUAAUUAAUAAUCACAAAAGAUUCCAUAAUGAUCCAAUCACAAAUAAAAUAUUUUGUUUAAUGACAUCUCAAACCCCUGAAAAAAAAAUCCUUUUAUCUGUGGGUUUUGAAUAUGGAUUGUCGUUUCUGUCAUAGAAACACGGAAUCGCUGUUAAAAAGAAUAAAACAAUAAAACUUCAUUUUUUCAUA